AUGAUAAAGAAGAUAAAGAAAAACCGGCGUAAAGAAGUAUACGCUUUAGGUCAACAUAUACGUAUGUCUGCUCACAAAGCGCGAAGAGUAAUUGAUCAGAUUCGUGGACGUUCCUACGAGGAAACACUUAUGAUCCUAGAACUCAUGCCUUACCGAGCAUGUUAUCCCAUUUUUAAAUUGGUUUAUUCUGCAGCAGCAAAUGCUAGUCACAAUAUGGGUCUCAACGAAGCGGAUUCAGUUAUUAGUAAAGCCGAAGUCAACGAAAGUACUACCAUGAAAAGGUUAAAACCUCAAGCUCGAGGACGUAGUUAUCCGAUAAAAAGACCCACCUGUCAUAUAACAAUUGCAUUGAAAGAUAUAUCCUUAGAUGAAGAAAAUCAAAAUUUCAUAUGGUUAAAAAAACAUGGAUGGAUGUAUAGAGAUAAGUAUACAGGUAGAGUGCGUACUGAAAAAUAUAGUAGCGGGGUGGUAUGGGUCAAAAAAUAA